GUGAAACACCACUCUGAUUUCUUACUCUUGAUACUAUUGAUGCAUCUUCUGGUCAUCACUGGACUAUUCUUUUCUUUUUGAGGAAACAGCAUCCUGACUGUUACUCUAUCAAAGGUUCAACAAUGUCUGAUGAGUAAUAUGCACCAUCAUCCAUGGCCCCCAAGGUUGAGGCUAAGCCCAAAUGCAAGAUUUCAGCCUCCCGCAAACUCUCAUUGAAGAUCCUCUUGCUGGCCCGUGCUACAGAAGAGCUGGAGGCAGAAAAGGCGGCAAGAGAGGAAGCAAAGGUUCAAUACCUGGGGGAGAAGCUUCCACCGCUGCAGUUAACUGGUCUGAACGGGGAUGACCUGCAGAAACUCUGCAGGCAGAUCCAUGAAAAGAUCGAGAUGGUGGAUGAGGAACGGUACGACUGUGAGGCCAAAGUCCUCAAGAACAACAGAGAUAUACAUCAAUUGAACCUAAAGGUGCAGGACCUCGGGGGGAAGUUCAAGAAGCCUGCUCUUAGGAAGGUGAGAGUGUCAGCAGAUGAGAUGAUGAGGGCUCUCUUUGGAUCCAAAAACAAGGGCUCCAUGGACCUGAGGUCCAAUCUCAAGUCUGUGAAGAAAGAGGACAUCAAACAAGAGAAGGAGCUGACCUUGGAGGUGGGCGACUGGCGUAAGAAUGUGGAGGCCAUGUCUGGUAUGAAGGGCAGGAAGAAGAUGUUUGAUGCAUGAUGUCCAGGAGUGAAUGGGAAUAAUGAAG